UGCCCACCCCUCUUGUCCCCCCUUCUUUCCCUAACUCCCUCCCUCCCUCCCUCCCUCCCUCCCUCCUGCUGCAUGUGCCGACAACACAUGUAUCCCCAUCUUCCCCUCCUCUCCCUUCCACCCCCUCCCACCCUCGCUCCCUCCCUUCCACCACGACCACCAUGAAGGGAUACCACUGGCACUCAGACCCGCUGCACGUGCCGGCCAGGCUCAAGGCGCUGAGGGAAGGCAAAGCAGGGGAGCCCGUGGACCUGCGCCUUGGUACGCACCCCACCCCACCCCUGCUGCUGACAUGCUCCUUCCUCUCCCUCUGCCUGCCUGCUUGCCACUAUGCUCCCACCUCUCUCUCUUCUUACCUAGGUGUCAGCCAUCUCCCUCCUCUCCUGACCAGGCUCUCAGGCAGCAGGAGCUACGAGGUGGAUCGGCUGCUGGGGAAGGGUGCGUAUGCAAAGGUUUAUGGAGCCACAGAGACCCCUGCUGGGGUGGCAGACGCGGCCACAGAGAGCACUGUGGUGUUCCGCACUGUGGCCCUCAAGAUACAGCUACAGGGCGGCAACUGUUUGGCGCGGCGUCUGCUUACCACGAGUUCCCCAAUGCGUCCAUCCUCACAUGCUCCCCUUGGCACUAGCGGCACCCUGCAGAAGCCGGGGAAAGCCAGUGCCAGAGGAGCUAUGCACGUGCCUACUGCAUGCCAUCCUCACCACCCACCCACCCCCUUCCCCACUCUCACCUCUCGACCUCACCACCCACCCCACUCUCUCACCUCUCUUCCCCCUCAGGACGUGGACGUGGUGAAUGCGUUCAAGAGGCAAGGCAAGCCGGUGCCGGAGCCGCUGUGCGCCUGCCUUAAACUUGCAACCUCGUCACCACCCAACCCCACCCACUCACCGCCCAUCCCCACCAACCGCCUCCCCUUUCAGGACGUGGUGAAUGCGUUCAAGAAGCAAGGCAAGCUGGUGCCGGAGCCGCUGUGCGCCUGCCUUAAACUUGCACCUCGUCACGUCACCACCCAACCCCACCCACUCACCGCCCAUCCCCACCAACCGCCUCCCCUUUCAGGACGUGGUGAAUGCGUCAAGAAGCAAGGCAAGCCGGUGCCGGAGCCGCUGUGCGCCUGCCUUAAACUUGCACCUCGUCACCACCCAACCCCACCCACUCACCGCCCAUCCCCACCACCGCCUCCCCUUCAGGACGUGGUGAAUGCGUUCAGGAAGCAAGGGCAAGCCGGUGCCGGAGCCGCUGUGCGCCCUGCCUUAAACUUGCACCUCGUCACCACCCAACCCCACCCACUCACCGCCCAUCCCCACCAACCGCAUCCCCUUUCAGGACGUGUGAAUGCGUUCAAGAAGCAAGGCAAGCCGGACGUGGUGAAUGCGUUCAAGAAGCAAGGCAAGCCGGUGCCGGAGCCGCUGUGCGCCUUCUACACGGCGCAGAUGCUGCGAGCUGCGGAGGCCUUGCACGCUGCUCACAUCCUGCAUGGGGAUAUCAGCCCGAUAACUUCUCCUGCGGUUCGGGGUCUCACCCUUGUGGACUACGGCCGCAGCAUUGACAUGCGGCACUUCCCGAAGUUCCUCUUUCAGAUGGUGGAGGGGCGGCCAUGGACCACCCAGGCCGAUCUCUACGCGGUGUGUGCUACUGCCUACUGCCUGCUGCACGGGCAGUACAUGGAGGUCGAGAGGGUGCCUGCAGGGGAGGGCGGUGCCAGUGGAGCAGCGGAUGUGGAAGGUUGUGAUGAUGUCGUGGCUGCUAGCUCUGAGGCUGAAAAUCUCGCACCCCGCACGCUCAACACGAGGAGUCCACGAGCUGAGCGCCAGCUGGUGGCUGCCACGGCGGGGCUGGUGCGAGACGCGGAAUUGCCCCUACUAUUCCGGGAGAUCUGCUUGAAGCAGCGCUCACUACGCGUGCAGCGGCUGAAACCUCUACCAUCGCCGCUGCAGGAGUCCGACUCUCGUCGAUCCAAGGUCGAGCACUCUACCAUCAUACGGCUAUCAGCCGCCGUCGUGCAUCCUGGGAAUCCGCCCCUUCCGCCCCGUCCGCCCCCUACGCCCCGUCCGCCCCGUCCGCCCCUUCCGCCGCUUACCAUCAGCCUUCCAUUCGAGCCAAUCAUCUCUUCAAUGGAUUCAGCUCAUUCGUCCACGCCUUCCGCCCUUUCCGCCACGAUUGACGGGACCAGCGACGCGGCGUUAGAGGAGGCCAUCUCGUCGGCGCAGACCGCCAUCGCGGGGCUCGUGCAGGCCGUCCACGUGGCAAAGCGCAAGCAGCUCCAGCUCCGCCGCCGAUCGCGGGGAACUCGAGACAACUCGACGCUCGGCGAUAAUCCCCCCGUAUCCGCCGUGACUCGCGCCAUGAACAACGGAGGAGUCAUCUGUCCAAUUCACGCUGCCUAUCCCUCCGCUCCCGGCGGGCCGCCGGGAGUAUCAUUCCACGCCAGAGAAUCCGAGUUUAUUGGCGGGUCAUAUGCGGUUCCAGGCGCUUCUGGCCGCUACUUUCCACCAGCGCAUUAUUCAUCAGGUGAUAUUCGCGCCGCGAGCUGCGGCGGCGGUGGCGGCGGCGCGAUGGGUGCUGCUGCUGCUCUAUCAGGAGGCGGCAGCAUGUGGAGCCCCGUGAUUCCCGUUCCGCCGGCAUUCGCGGCGGGGUUCCACAUGCUGCCGCCCCCAGGGGUUCCUUUCGCGUUGCCUCCGCCGCCGGCGGCCGCGCUGGCUGCUUUCCGCGGAUUCGGCGGAGCUGCUGCGCUUGCUCCGAGCGAAACUCCUGCCAGCCCCGCGCUUCUGGGGGAGAAACGGCGCCGCGGACGACCGCGCGGGUCAGGCACAGGAAAUAAGCGGAGCAAAACGAUGGCGGCGGUGGCGGUUGUAGGGGGAGAGAAGCCGCAGGUCGCGACUGCGACUGCCACUGGCAGUGGCAGUGGUCGGGCGCUGAGUGUUGGGCGCAAGUCACGCGGCGGCGAUCACCGAGCAAGCAAGCACUGCCAACGCUCCGAGUCUGCUGCGGACAGCGGCAGUGUCGGAAGUGGUAGCGCAGGAGGGGGAAGCGCUGCUGUGGAGAGCGCUGAUUCCGAGAUCUCUGCGCCAACCAUCACAGCGGCAGAUGCGGCUGGUGCGGCAGCAGCGGCGGCGGCGGCGUUGGGCGGCACGCCGGGCAGCGGGAUGUAUAAGGGUGUGCGGCAGCGGCGGUGGGGCAAGUGGGUGACGGAGAUCCGAGAGCCGAGCCGGCGGUCGCGCAUCUGGCUGGGGUCGUUUGACUCGUGGGAGGACGCCGCGCGCGUGUAUGACAUGGCCGCCUGGCUGCUGCGCGGAUCCAAGGCACAACUCAACUUCCCCCCGCCGCCUCCUCCAAAGGGCAAGUCCUGCUGUCCUGCCGCUACAGGUGCUGCAGGCGAUGCAGCUGCUGCAGGAGGCGCUACAGACAGUGCAGGCGACGCAGCCUCUGCAGGCGCUACAGCCAGCACAGCUGAAGGCUCUUCUGAGAAGACCGACCCUGCCCUGCUCCCCGUGCUGAUGCCGGCCACUACAGCCGACGCGCUGCUGACGGCGGCCCGUGGGUGUGCCACGUGGCAGGGCGCGGAGGACGCCGUUGCUGAGCUGGCAGCGGCGCUUAAGGCUGUGGAGGGCAAGGGGGGCAUGGUGGAGGUGACCGGUGGGCCGGCUGCUAGGAGGUUCGCGGCUGGAGAGUGGGUCGGGGAGCUGGUUGGCGACGGUGCGGAGGAGUCUGGAGCGGUGGAGUGCGGUGCUGAGGGGGUGCAGGAGAGCGACUUGGAAGCGGCGUUGAAGCCGCUUCUUGCUGCAGUGGAUGGGGGGAAGAGCAGUGAUUCGGGCAGUGAGAAGAGCACCGGGCCUUGCAAUAGCUUCUCUGGUAGCGACGAUGGCAACAACAGCAAUGACAUCAGCGACAGCAAUGGCGAUGGCACCGACGGUCACGAUGGUAUUGACAGGCUUCACAGCCUGGAUAGCCUGGAGUCGUUUCUGGAGGGCAGCAUCGGGAACCCUGGCACUGACACUGACGCGCACGGCUCCACGGCUCGUUCCGCAUUCUCCUUCUGGCUAGACGGCGACUGCGACCUGGACUGCAACAUGCCGUCGCUGCUGCACGAGACUCCCCUGGACGAGCCGGGGAUGAUGCAGACGGGGAUGAUGGGGAUGGGGAUGGAAUAUGAAGGCAAGAUGGCUAUGGAACAUGGGCGCAUGCUCGUGUUGGAUGAUCAUGCUGGUUUUUGCGAUGGCUUGGACAUGCUAGGCUCUGUGCCGGCUGUAGUGGGGACAGCCCAUGAGGGCCCCGGGGCUGGGGUGUUUCAGCAGCUGUCGGAGUUCACCCUGUGGGAUCUCUGA